UCCUCUUCACUGCAUGCUGUUGCUGUAUGGAAAAGAGCUGCUUGGAAAUCCUGCAAAAUAUCGAUGUCAUGCAAUGUGAAAGGUGCGCUGAUGCCUGCUGUGAUGAGGAGGAGGCAGAGGAAUGUCUGAUUGCGCGCGAGGGGCGUGGAAGACAGAGCCACUAAAGCAGGAUUCAGCAGUCCUUUUCAAACGGAGAAGUUUCCAGGCAUGGCGAGGUGAGACGCGAGUGCGACGAUAGCGUGCGCUUAAAGCCCGACUGCCGCGGCUGGCCUUCGAGACGAUACUCCUGCAAAUGCUCAAAGCGAGCGUCGCGGGUGGUCAGCUCAGCUCGUCGUUAAACACCGCCGCUGCGCCCUGAUCAUCUUCCAUCAUCCGAGCCAGUGCGACACUCGAGGUUUCAGCUGCAUCAGACACCCAGCAGCAGCAGCAGCAGCAGCAGCACAUAUGAGCGGGGCCGUGUAUCGCUGAUGUUUGGAAAAAUGUGUCGGUGCUGCCGCUCCCCUGCGGUUCAAUCCUGAGCUGCGCCAGCAUAUACUGAACCUGUGACUGAUUUAAACCAUGGAGCCCAAACCCGACUGCUGCCCUUCAUCCGUGCCCAACUCUCAAUGUGAACUGCAGCUCAACAUCUACGAGACUAUCAGCGAGGGGAAUGUGAAUAAACUGGAGAGCUCAGCGCUGGUGCGCGCCGGCAGCGACCCCAGCUCCUACCUGUCAUCCAAACGCCAGCGGUUUAUCCGCAGGAGACUGUGGUUCACCGAUAAUGACGAGCACCAGGCGGACGAUUGCAACCCGGAGUGCGAGGAGCAGAAUAAGAUGCUCAGCAUCAACCUGCUGACCAUUGUGGACCGAUCUCUGGCCAUCCGAUCCAGUUUACCAGAAGGAUUGAGCACGGAGAGCCAGACGGCUCAGAAAGAGCUGGAGAGCGGCAGCGCAGACGCGGAGAAGGAGAGAACCGACCUCAAAACAGACACGAUGGAUGGCGUCAAGACUAACAUAAAGGCGGCCAGUGAGGAGAACGAGGAGGCUGAGAUGAAGGCUGUGGCCACCUCUCCCGGCGGACGCUUUCUCAAGUUUGACAUCGAGAUCGGUCGCGGCUCCUUCAAGACGGUCUACAAGGGCCUGGACACGGACACCUGGGUGGAGGUGGCCUGGUGUGAACUUCAGGACCGCAAGCUGACGAAGGUGGAGAGGCAGCGCGUUAAAGAGGAGGCUGAGAUGUUGAAGGGUCUCCAGCACCCAAACAUCGUGCGCUUCUAUGAUUUCUGGGAGUCUCCGCUGAAGGGGAAGAAGUGCAUCGUGCUGGUGACAGAGCUCAUGACGUCAGGCACGCUCAAAACGUAUCUGAAGCGCUUCAAGGUGAUGAAACCCAAAGUGUUGCGCAGCUGGUGUCGUCAGAUCCUCAAAGGCCUGCACUUCCUUCACACACGCACUCCUCCCAUCAUCCACCGGGACCUGAAGUGUGACAACAUCUUCAUCACGGGGCCCACGGGCAGCGUGAAGAUUGGAGACCUGGGUCUGGCCACGCUCAAAAGAGCCUCCUUCGCCAAGAGUGUGAUCGGUACGCCAGAGUUCAUGGCUCCAGAGAUGUACGAGGAGCACUACGAUGAGUCCGUGGACGUCUAUGCGUUUGGCAUGUGCAUGCUGGAGAUGGCCACGUCUGAAUACCCAUAUUCAGAGUGCCAGAACGCCGCUCAGAUCUAUCGCAAGGUCACCAGCGGGGUGAAGCCUGCCAGUUAUAAUAAGGUGAUGGAUCCUGAGGUGAAAGAGAUCAUUGGCGAGUGUAUUUGUCAGAAUAAGGAGGAGCGUUACUCCAUCAAGGACCUGCUGAAUCACGCGUUCUUCGCGGAGGACACCGGCGUGAGGGUGGAGCUGGCGGAGGAGGACGACGGCUUGAAGACGUGCAUUGCGCUGAAGCUGUGGGUGGAGGAUCCCCGCAAGCUGAAGGGCAAGUACAGGGACGGAGGAGCCAUCGAGUUCAGCUUCGACCUGGAGAAGGAGGUCCCUGAAGCCGUGGCGCAGGAGAUGGUUGAGUCUGGUUUCUUCCAUGAGAGCGAUGCAAAGAUAGUGGGCAAGUCUCUCCGUGACCGAGUGGCUCUGAUCAAGUGGCGCAGGGAGAGGACGGUGCCGAGAGCCUCCCAGGCCGUGCCGGGUGAGACGGGGCCCGUCCUCUGUGAACCGCCCAGUCUGCUGGAGCCUGAAGAGCCGGAGGUGGAUCAGCAUGUCCUCAUGUGUCCGCUCGGUGCCAGGACCACCUCCACCACAUCUGACAGUGGCAUCGGCUCAAACGUGUACUCGGACUCCCACAGCAGUGGUCUGCACAGUGUCAUACACCAGUCAUUACAGGAAUCUGUCUCCACAGCAAACCAGCAGUAUUCUGUUCUGAGAGUCCAAAGCCAGGCUGCACCGGCUGCAGCUCAACACAUGCAGAUGUACCCUCCUGUCUCCUCAGAGACCCCCGCGCAGGCCACCGGACAGAUUCUGUCCACUCCCCAGCCGCUGGCACUUCUGCAGGGCGUCUCGACUGCACCACAAACCGUGAAUCCACAGCAGCUCGCAUCUACAAGUCAGACUGCAGAGUUGAACGCGCAGGCCCAUGUGCAGCAUCAGCCUGCCUCUGUGCCACAUAGUGCCACGCGUCCGAGUUACCAUCCUGCCGCAGCAGAGCUAGCCAUUGCACACACAUUUCCACCCAUGCAGCACACUGAACUCAGUCUCCCAUCUAAAACAGAAGCAGCGCUGCCUGCAGAUCAGAGUUUUCAGAGCGGAGCAUCUGUACAGCCUCAACAAACACCUGUGUUACAACAUUUGCAGCAACCAACUGCGAAUGCCACAACAGAUGGGCAACACCGCGACUUCUCAAACGUGCAGCAAACUGCUCCUGUGCAGCUGAGCCAGACCGGCCCUGCACCACCUGUCCCACAGGGAGCCCAGCACCAAACUGUACAUGUGGACCAGAACUCUUCGGGUAGCUCCGAUCACGCCCGUGUCUCUCAGAUGAUGACACACUUGACUCCAGCUCCUGCUCAGAGCUCCAGCUUCCCGUCCCACAGCAGCUAUAAUGUGCCUCAGCCUGCUACAGUACCGCAGCUCUCGCCCUUCAGACCCGUCCUCGACACAUUCGGCUCUGCUGUGACCGUGGACCAAAACCAGCCUCAUCAGCACUCCAGCCAAGCCUUUUUACCCCCCGUCCUGCAUGCUGGAGCCGGUGCCAGCCACCUGGGCAGCGGCAGUGUUACUCCAGUGCAGCAGCACAGCACCAGCGGCUGUGGAGGAACCUCCACUGAAAUAUUCACUGAGGAGCAUGUUCCUGAUACACAGGCAGCACCAGCUGGGUCCACUUAUGACAGUAUAAACUCAGAUGCCACAGCCGGUAAAGAGGUGAGCGAUGGGAACGAGGGUUCCAGCAGGGCUCGCAGUGAAUCACGAGUGCGAAAACCCAAUCGCAAAACGUCCCGCACGCGCUUCCGGCAAGACACGAUCAACAGACCCAAACUCACCAUGAUCAAAGUGUGUGACACAGGAGACAAGAUGGUGGAGUGUCAGCUGGAGACUCAUAACCAUAAGAUGGUGACGUUUAAAUUUGACCUUGAUGGAGAUGCUCCAGAGGAGAUUGCCACAUAUAUGGUUGAGAAUGAGUUUAUUCUGUUGCUGGAGAGGAAGAUGUUUAUUGAGCAGCUGAAGGAGAUCAUGGAUAAAGCUGAGGACAUUCUGAAUGAGGACGCUGGGGGUGAGAAGGCAUCUGUCCAGACCUCACCGCUCCGUCAGACGCCCGUUGCAGCAGACUCCGGCAUGCAGGGGUCAAAACCUGAGCGCACGCAGUCUGACCAGCUAGUCUACAAACAGAACGUGCUUCACACCGGAAAGCGCUGGUUCAUCAUCUGUCCUGUGGCUGAGACGGCCGCGCCUGACAGAGAAGAGGCCGUCUCCAACCCAGAGAGCUCCUCUACAUCUCAAAUGCAGGAUGUCAACACAGCCGGUGCCAAACCUCUGCAGAAGCGGCCAUCAUUGCUCUCUGAGGUCGCUCCGUUGGCCGAGGGCCCUCAAGCUGCCUGUGCGGCGGGUGUUUCUGUGGUUUCUGACAUCCCGUGCUGCCCCCUUGUGCCUCCUGUUUCACUCGAUGUGGUGGCUCAGAAAGCCAUGGAGGGCCCUCAGCAGCCCGUCGCCCACACCAGCAGCCCCAGCUCAGAGCCGCCCUUGAGCCAGACCCAGCCCGUGGUGCUGCAGCAGCCCUUUGCCACGGCCACUCCACAGGCUUCUGUCACCAGCGGUCAAUCACAGCUCCAGAGCCCCACCCAUCAGCCCCAGAGCUCCACCCAUCAGUCUCAAAACUCCACCCAUCAGCCCCAGAGCCCCGCCCAUCAGCCCCAGAGCUCCACCCAUCAACCUCAAAACUCCACCCAUCAGCCCCAGAGCCCCGCCCACCAGCCCCAGAGCUCCACCCAUCAGCCUCAGAGCCCAACGCAUCAGCCUCAGAGCUCCACCCAUCAGCCCCAGAGCCCCACUCAUCAGCCCCAGAGCUCCACCCAUCAGCCUCAGAGCCCCACCCAUCAGCCCCAGAACGCCCCGCAGGUGCAGCCGGGCGAAUCAGACGGGGAAGGGCCACCCAGGCUGGAGUUUGCAGACAGAACCAUAAAGACUCUGGAUGAGAAACUGCGAAACCUUUUGUACCAAGAGUACCACCCCUCGCAAACCGUGAGCUCCGCCUCCGAGCCGCCCGGAUCACCUCCGCUGUCCGACAGCCAAGGCAGUGAUGGAGCCGUGAGGAAUGCAGAAAAACUGCCUCAGAUUCCAGAGAGGUCUGACAGUCUCGGGACCUUGAGUGAUUCUGCUGUUGCCCCCUUCAAAAGACUUCUGACCAGAAAAGACUCCGGGGCCACUUCUGCUACACACACAUCUAAGAGCAACUUCCAGAUUGAGCAGACAGAUUCAGAUGUGUCUUCUCAUGAUGGUGGAGGAGAUCAUGUGAUUGAUUUUGAGUCUGUUCCUGUAACUGAGAACGGACACAGAUCCACAUCAAAGUCACAAAGCAACAGUUACUCAGCACCUCCUGACUUAUAUCAGGACACAACUACUUCCUUUCCAGAGGCCAGACCCACAAUGCCUUGCGCUCAGAGCUUGCUGUCAGCGGAUGGGACAGCGCAGUACCUGUCCUCUGACACAGGAGAGGAGGGUCAGAGCGAGACUCCAUCUGUUAAGCCCACUUCUCCAGCUCCUGCCCCGUCAGAGUGCAGCGGCGGGGACUUCAUGAAGCGGGCGGUGGCUUUCCUCCGGCACUCGGGUCACAGCAGCAGUGUCCAAAGCUCCGACUCGCCCCCUUGUCCUCUGGUGAACGGACACGCCCCCUCAGUUAGCGGCCACGCCCACUCCGCUUACGUCAGCAGUGAUAACGACUCUGAAUUUGAGGACACUGAUAUGAAACGAGAGCUGCAGAAGCUGAGAGAGAAGCACAUGAAGGAGAUCUCCGAGCUUCAGGCUCAUCAGAGAGGAGAGAUCGAGCAGUUGUAUUCUCGGUUAGGUCGACCGUUUCCUCCCAGCAUGGGCUUCUUGCAUGCAGUGCCGCCUACAGGCCGCUGCCGCAGAGCCUCCAAACACAAGCUGAAGGGAAGCCGACUGCUCAAUCCCAUGGUGCAACAGCUUAGGAACAACCGAAGCAACAGCUCUACUGAGACGUGCUCCAGUGUGUCGGGGUCUCCGGUCAAGAGUUCGGAUCUGGGUAACAGCUCAGUGGGAUCCAGCACAGCCACGCUGAGCCCCAUGUCAGAACCACUGGAGCCGGUCCAGACUCAGCAGCCCUGCUCGCUCAAGGUCUCUCUGUCCUCUGACAACAUCUAUGGCCCCACCACACACACAGCACCCCAACAAGGCUGGACCGUUUACCACCAAACAUCUGAGCGAAUCACCUAUAAAUCUAGUAGCAAACCACGCACUAGAUUCCUCAGUGGACCCGUGUCUAUGUCCAUCUGGUCUCAUAGUACUGGUGCUGCCCAUGUGACUUCAGCAUCCAAUCAGAACCUGCCUCCCGCAGCCAUGCCUGCUUCAUCCUCUCGGCCGAUCACGGUGCUCGUUCAGGCUCAAGCAAACAACAGCAACAACAAAAGCGGUACCUUCACCGAUGAUCUACACAAGCUGGUUGAUGAUUGGGCAAAAGAAACUCUUGCCUCCGCCCCUCAGCUCCGCCCCUCUGUGUGUCAGAGUAGACCGCAGAGAUCUCAUCAGUCCUUCCAGACCAGCCCCACUCCAAUGGCCAGAGUCCCCAAUCAGAUAAGGGGAUCAAUCCCUCAGUCAGCUGUGAAGUUCCAUCUACCACUGUCCUGUCCUCUGUCAGCAGCUCUGGGUCCCAUCAUGCCUCAUGGCAUCACCAGUACCCCGUCACCCAUCCUCCAGCAGGGCGGAUACUUGAUGCCCACCGUCCCCUUUGCUGGGAUGAUGCCAGCCCCUGUGUAUCCAAACCAGUGGUCCGGUUUGCCCAGUCCAGUGUUUGCUACGGCCGGUAUGAUCCCGUACCCUGCCAUGGGCAGCCCAGCACUGCAGACUUUUCCUCUGGUGGUGAAAAGCCCAGACGCCCCGAUGUGCCCCAGCAAAGCCAGGACUGCAUAAGAGUGCCACCCUGCACUCCAAACACAGCAACAUACACUGGUUUUUGCGUAAAGCUAAUCAAUGUACACUUGCAGAAGGAUAAUCAUGCAAACUCAACACAACUGAUUACAAGUCAAGUCACCUUUAUUUGUACAGCGCUUUAUACAAUACU